AUGACCUAUGACCGAAACAAUUUGGAGAAUCCGACUAUUGGAGUGGUGGGAUCAUUGGUGAGUUCAGGAAUCCAGGUACUAGUUUAUAUCGUGGAUCAAGACUCGGUGCUGCCAUUCAUUGGGAAGAGGACUUUGGUGAAUCGUCUGGCCAAACAGAUGGGUCUGAACACAACUGUGUCAUACAGGCCAUGGUUUGAUGUUGGUGUAUGGACACAUGUUUAUUGUGGGAAUAAGCUUGCAUUUGCAACUAUAAGAGGAGCUUCUCACCUUGCCCCAUUCUCAUCACCAAAGAGAUCCCUCUCAUUGUUUGCUAUUUUUCUAGAUAGGAAAUCUUUGGCAACUUGA